ACUUAUAUAAGAAUUUCUUUUCAUCAAAAUCCAAGUAAUUCUCCAUUUCUAAAAGCUCCAAAAAUAAUAUCUCAACUCCCAAAAUAACUAACUUUAUUUUCCUUAUUAUUAUUUAUUAUUAUUAUUAUUUCAUCAUUCAAUUAGCUAUGCACUUUCUGUUACGCAUUUCUCUCUUCUUAUUCUUUUUCCUACAACUAACUCCAACUGCUCCCGCUAGAAUUUUUCCCGGCAACAACCCAACUGUUUUAAACCUUGAUGAUGCCUCCUCCGCCUUAUCCACCGCCUUCAACGCCACCCCAUGGCGGCACUUUGCCAAGUUUGCAAACCUCGAAAAAGGCAGCCAUGUAGCCGGCAUAUGUGAUCUCAAAAGCUACCUCCAUCAGUUCGGGUAUUUUCCGCCGGGUAACUUUUCUGACGAUUUUGACGACGACUUAGAAUCUGCUAUCCAAACUUACCAAAAGAAUCUAGGAUUACCCAUCACCGGAAAACUCGAUAACAGCACAAUUGACCUCAUCAUGGCCCCGCGAUGCGGCAUGAGUGAUUCUCAUACACGCGCCGCCACAAAUAACACCACUCGGCACCUCCAUGAAACACGUCGUUACGCUUACUUCAACGGAAAUCCACGAUGGAUGAAAUCAUCUCCUAUGACGUUAACUUACGCGUUUUCACCAGAUCAUAUGAUCAACUACAUCAGUCACGACGACAUCAGGGCGGCGUUCUCACGGGCCUUUACACGGUGGUCGGAAGUGAUUCCGGUAAAUUUUACGGAAGUAGAAGGCAAUAAAAACUCAGAUAUUCGUAUCGGAUUCCAUGACGGUGAUCACGGUGACGGAGAACCGUUUGAUGGUGUCUUAGGAGUUUUAGCUCAUGCUUUUUCACCAGAAAAAGGAACACUUCAUUUAGAUGCAGCUGAAACAUGGGCAGUUGAUUUUGGGCAACAAGAUUCAAGUGUAGCCAUUGAUUUAGAAUCUGUGGCGACUCACGAGAUUGGUCACGUGCUCGGCUUGGCUCAUUCUUCUGUAAGUGAUGCUAUUAUGUACCCCAGUUUGAGGCCAAGGAGUAAGAAAGUUGAUCUUCGGGUUGAUGAUGUGGAAGGUAUCCAGGCUUUAUAUGGGUCUAACCCGAAUUAUAAUUACGGAUCUUUGUUAGAAGCUGAUCAAGAGACUUCAAAUAGUGCUGCCGUGUUUGGAUUUUCGAGUUGGUGGGUCUGGACUUUCUCGUUGAUGAGUUUGGUUCAAGCUCUAUAUUUUUAGAUUAUUAUCGGGAUUUUAAUGCUGUAAAUAUUUUUGGAUUAAAAAUUACACGUACAUAGAAGAAUUCUUUCUUUCAUGAUGUUUUGAGGUAUAGUAUACCACAUACGUAGACAAUUUGAAUGUUUGUAAGUUCAUAAAUACACAUUUUAUACCAAUAUAGUUAUACUACUUGUUUUGGGUCUAAGGCUCCAAUAUUAAUUGGACUUUAUACUUAGUCAAUGAUAGUCCAUGGGUUGGUCAAAGCCCAAUUUAAGGUUACGUAUCAGUCUGUUUCAUUAAUUAUUGGUUCGUAAGUCGGAUUCAACCACUUUCAUUAUUAAUAUAAAUCCAGCUACUAUAAAUAUUCACAAAUCAUCCUA